CAAAAUCUUAUAGAAAGGUGUCUUCAGCUUUACAUGAGCCAGAGAGAAAGUCGUGAAUACUCUCUUACUCCAGGCAAAAAUCGAGACUGGUUUCACUGAACUUGUGUGGCAAAAACUUGAAGCAGAAAAUCCAAAAUUUUUCAAGGCAUAUUAUCUUAGGUUGAUUGCAAAGGACCAGAUAUUGCGAUUUAAUCAAUUACUUGAUAGACAGAUUCAGUUAAUGCGCCAGUUGUAUCCAACAGCUGUUGCUCCCAUUCCUUUGUCCGAUGGAUCUCAGAAUUAUGCAAUGCAUAACAAUUCAGCAUAUCAUACCCCAGAAUUUAGUGGAACUUCUUUGAAGAUGGAAAAUAUUCACCAACAAAUUAGUACCAUACCUAAUGCAUACACUAUUGGUGCUUCUUCAAUUCAGCCAACCUUACCUAGUGCAUACACUAAUGGCGAAUCUUCGCUUCCAUCGAGCAUGCCUGUUGCAAUCAAUAUGGCGGGUCAUGGUGGAAGGAUUGAUAUAUCACCGAACAUGCCAUUGUGUCAGAGCUCUAAUCCAGAUAUUAUACAAGGAGCGAUGAAAUCAGUAGCUAGCCAUGCAGAUGAUACUCAUUUCAUGUUUGUUGUGGACAGAAAUCUUCAGCAUCCAAAUACGACAAUAGGAGAUGCAUCAGUUUCACGUUUUGCUGGCAUCGAGUCUAAUUCACAGGCAUCGAACAAGAGUUUCCUGGAUCAUGACAUGAAUUCAUUUGGAUUCUUGGGACAGAUAUCCCCAAACUUCAGUUUUUCAGACUUGACAGCUGACUUUUCUAAUAAUACUGAUAUAUUAAGCUAUUCCAAGUCUCCCAUCCUUGGAAUGAAUGCGAACUUUGUGGAUUGUCGUAUUAGGGGAGAACAAGGUAAGGUUUUUGGCACCUGA